GCAUCUGAAUCAAACCGGCCCACACGCUAGCUGUGGGCCUGUAGCCCAUGGAGGUUCGUCUCGGCGGCAGCAGUGCCAGCCGGUAGCCGGCCGAGUCAAUGUUGGAGUACUGAGUACCUACUUCCUUUGCACCGAAGGUUCUUCUCACGCACCUUCUUUCCUUCCCCUCCCCAACUUCGACCCUUCCCCUGUCCAUCUCUCUCCUUUUUUUUUUGGUUUCCUCGCGUUUAAAGCUUCGAGGCCGAAUCGACCUCCAGUUCUCGAGACGACUCGUCUCCCUCUUUCAAUAAGUUCGGCAGGGUAGGACGGCUUCUUCCUCUGCGCCUUCACCUUCGCCUGCGCUGCCGGGGCUCGUCGUUUAUCUUCUCACUUUUUUGCAGCAUGGUUUUUAAAUCGGGUUUGUAAGUUUUAGAUCUUUAUGUCAACUACCAAUCUGAGGCGGCGACUCCAUCAUGGAGACGUUGAUGGAAGGAAAAACGAGCAUGUUGACAUAUCCAGUGCUGAUUCCCUCAAUGAACCUCUAUUAGGGAAGUCCAAUGAUGACAACUUUGGAUCAGAGGUGUAUGAUCCUAGAAAACAGGAUCUGUGGGAUGAUGAUAUGAAGAAAGAACAACUACACUGGUCAUUUCUUUUCUCAAACUUGAUUACACAAUGGGCACAAUGGUUAGCAAGCAUUAUUGUGAGCUCAGGAUCUAUCUUUGGUAGAUUAUCCCCCUUCUCUUCAGAGAACCAAAUAAAUCCAGUAUAUCUUAGCCCUUUACAGGAACAAAGGUUGGAUACUUUAAGACACAGAUUGCAAAUCUCUUUUGAUGGCUCCCGUAUUGAACAUCAAGAUGCCUUGAGGCAACUCUGGCGUUUAGCUUAUCCCGCUCGUGAGAUUCCACCACUCAAAUCUGAAUUAUGGAAGGAGAUGGGUUGGCAAGGCAACGAUCCAUCUACUGAUUUCAGGGGUGGUGGACUCAUAUCGUUGGAGAACCUCAUCUUUUUUGCUAGGAACUACCCUAAUUCAUUUCAGAUGCUUCUGAACAAAGUACAAGGGCAGAGAUCAGAUUGGGAGUACCCUUUUGCAGUUGCUGGUAUCAACGUUUCAUUCAUGCUGGUCCAGAUGUUGGAUCUGAAGUCAAGUGUUCCAUCUUCUAAGUAUGGAAUUCGUUUCCUUGAAUUGCUUGGACGUGAUGAGAACGCCUUUGACCACCUGUACUGUGUGGCCUUUCGGUUGCUUGAUGCUCAGUGGCUUGUGAAACGUGCCUCCUAUAUGGAAUUCAAUGAGGUCUUGAAAUCAACAAGAACUCAGCUGGAGCGGGAACUGGUUCUAGAUGAUGUGCUGGAGGUGAAGGACCUGCCGUCCUACACUAUGCUGGAUGAGUAAGCUAAAGCCGAGCUGUUGAACUUGGACGCUGGAGAAUUGACUAAGCUGGUCUGAUGGCUAAUAGUUAUCUAGCGUAUGCUGAUGUCUGAUCCUAAAUGCUUAGGCGGCCCACAUGCCAUUUUACAUUGCCGCAUAUUUUUUUUCUUGUUGUAUACUGAGGUCUUAUGAGGUGUUUAUAUAUGAUUCCUUUGUAAAUAUUGUGUUUGUUAUAUGUUAUCCUUUUGGACAUGCUGGUUCCAAGGAAAUAAAGCAAUCGAUCUCGUAUUCAUUUUCA